ACUAAUGACUUUUACUAGAUUUUAUUUACAAUGCAUAUUAAGGACUAUGAUGACACCGUCGCAUUUCUUGGAGAAUGGGGGCCGUUUCAACGAAUAGUGUUUUUUCUUCUAAGCAUGAGCAUAAUCCCUAACGGGUUCACAGGUUUGUCCAUUGUGUUCAUCGGCGAUACACCGUCUCAUCACUGUCGGAUACCCGUAAACAUAAAUAUUAGCGCCGAAUGGAGAAACAAUGCUAUCCCACUGGAAGUAGAGAACGGGGUGAGAAGUCAAAGCAAAUGCAGCAGAUAUAAAAUGGAUGUGAUAAAACGUUUCUCAGACGACGGAUACGUGCCUGGUGUCGAUGUGAAUGUUACAGAAAUACAACAAGAGGGAUGCGAGGAUGGAUGGGAGUACGAUCGAGAGACCUAUGUUUCAACGAUCGCUUCCGAGUGGAACUUGGUGUGCUCUGAUUCAUGGAAAGUCCCUUUCACCUCCUCUGUCUUCUUCCUUGGAGUGCUAACCGGAUCCUUUGUUUCUGGGCAGCUGUCUGACAGGUUUGGCAGGAAGGUCGUGCUGUUUGCAACCAUGGGGGUUCAGACUUUAUUCACAUUCAUCCAGGUUUUCUCCACAUCCUGGCUCACAUUCUGUGCUCUGUUCUUUGUCGUUGGGAUGGGCCAGAUUUCAAACUACGUGGCAGCAUUUGUUAUAGGAACUGAAAUUUUGAGCAAUUCCAUUCGGAUCAUCUUCUCCACCCUGGGAGUGUGCAUAUUCUUUGCCAUCGGGUACAUAAUGCUUCCACUGGUGGCCUUCUUUAUCAGGGACUGGAGGAUGCUGCUGCUGACCCUAACCCUGCCAGGUUUCUUCUACAUCCCCCUCUGGUGGUACAUCCCAGAGUCCCCCCGAUGGCUGCUUUCUCAGGGUCGAGUUAAGGAGGCUGAAGCCAUACUGAGACAUGCUGCUCGGAAAAACAGGGUGACACCCCCGGAGGUCAUCUUUCAGCCAAUCCAGGAGGAAAACAAGCCCGGAAAGGCACACCACCACAACAUCUGCGAUCUGGUGAGGUCCGGCAACAUCCGCUGCAUCACCACCACCCUCUGCUUUGUGUGGAUGACUCUGUCCAUCGGAUACUUCGCGUUAUCGUUAAACAUCGCCAACCUGCACGGGAACUCCUACCUCAACUGCUUUUUCUCGGCGGCUGUCGAGGUCCCGGCCUACGUUUUGGCCUGGCUCAUGUGUCGCUACUGCCCACGGCGCCUGUGUCUCUUCUCCACGCUCUCUCUAGGCGGAAUCGUGCUGCUGCUCACUCAGGUCAUACCAAAAAACCUGAGCUCAGUGUCCACCACGCUAGAGAUGCUGGGCAAGUUUGGCGUCACAGCGGCCUUCGCCAUUGUGUACCCCUUCACGGCGGAGCUGUAUCCCACUGUCCUGAGGAACACGGCUGUGGGCGCCUGCUCCAUGGCCUCUCGAGUGGGCAGUAUCACUGCACCCUUCUUUGUGUACCUGGGCCGCUAUAACAAGUCAUUGCCUUACAUUUUAAUGGGGGGCCUGACUGUUUUUUCGGGGUUGCUGAGUCUCCUGCUGCCAGAGAGUCGUGGAAUGCCUCUUCCUGACACCAUUGAUCACAUGCAGAAGAUCCAAGGGUGUAAAAGGAGAGCUGCAUCAGACAGUCUCACCCAUGGUGCAGCCGAGGAGGAAAAUGGCUCAGAGACUUUAUAAUGCGUGGAUCAC